ACUCACCGCGGUUGACAUCAUGAAGAUGAAAAGUAAAAUCCUUUCUUGGAUAUAUUUGCACGGCUGUUUGUAUGCAUCUUUUCAAGUGAUCGAUUCAUCUCGGCCAACCAUGACUCCGGGAACCAGUACUGCGGCGGCAACAGAAGAUGAGAAAUCGCCUGCGAAUCAAACAAACACAACAGCGACAAGCAGUGUCCUCGACAUCACAGCUGACCACCGGCACGGAACAACAAUCACAGAGAUGGAUCCGAGAACCAAAUCAAGGGCUGCCAAUUCCGCCGGACCUACUUCAAGUAGCGCAACAACACCUGCAACAAACGCAUUCAAAAUGUCUUCAACCGGUACAAUGCUAAAGAGCAGAGCGCAGACAAACACGACCGUCACAAUCAUCUGCGAAUGUCCUCCGACAGCGGUGACGUCCGUGACUGCCGCAGCCCAGGACGCAACAACCACAUCGACAGCUACUACAGUGCUAAACACACCCGUGACUACAGAAACAUCAGACAUUAGCCUGACCGCAUCCGCGACGAGUACAACAAGCGCAACCAUGACGACAGAAAUUCAAAACGCAACCAAAUCCGCAAGCCCCGCAACAGCAAGAACAUCCGCGGCAAACCUGCCUCGAAACACGACCGCCGAAAACAUGUCCACACCUACUAGAGUGGCAAAUAGCAACGAACGUUCAACCGCAACAAACAGAUCCGCGACGACGCUAACUCCAGAUACGACCGCGCCCACAUCUGCAAGUAACGCAUCGAACAAAAAUCGAUCCACAUCUGGCUUCGCGCCAAACAUCUGCGACUACUCCAGACGCAAGAACGCCCGCGACUGCAACAUCUAA